AUGCAUACUACUACUCUCCUCUCUAUCUUCCUCACCACACUCACAACCGCCCACCUCUUGCCACCUCAACCACCACACCCCUACAUCCUCCCUCGCACCGCCCCAUCAACCCAAGAAAAAUGCACCUUCACCCUCUACCACAAACAAAUCUCCUCCAAUCCCCGCCAAAAUUACAUCUACCUCUCCUCCCUCACGGACCACGCAAACAACAUCGUCAUCGAUAUUGGAGCCACACGACCGCCGCAGGAACGUAAUUCGUACACAAGGCUGUCGGCGACGCAGAAGUAUGCUGUUAAGGGGUUGUUGGGUGGUGAUGCGUUGACGAUUAGUGCGCGGGAUGGUGAGGAUGAGUUGGGGUUUGAGAUGGCGAGCUCGAAGUGGGAGGUUGGGGGUGAGGAAGAAGAGGUUGAGGAGGGAGGGGAGGCGGGGUGUAGAGUGAGGGAGUGGGUGGAGGGUGGGUUGGUUAAUAGGGAACGGAAGGUUGAGUGUGCGUUUCCUUGCAGGAAAAUUGAUGAGGUGGAGAAGGAGGAGGAAAGGGAGGAGUUGAAGUAA